CAACAAAAAAAGAAAAUAGUAAAAGAAAAGAAAAACACUGCACACAAAUUGUUUAAAAUAACAAAAAUGAAAAGAAAAAUGUUUUAAUUUCUUAAGUUUUUAUAAAAUAUUAAACGACGACUAUCCAAUAAUAAAUAGUUGAAAUAAAUUCUUUAAUAAUAUAACUACAGAUAUAGUUAUGUAUACAAUUUGUACAAUAAAAAUCUGACGAGAAAACAAAAGAUAACGUGGCAAAAAAACAACAAUAAAAUUGAUAAAAUAUACCAGUUAGCCAAAAGAAAGUUAAUAUAACAAGAAUCUCCCAAAUGAGAAAAACUCUAACGGAUUUAAAUAUAUACUAAACAAAAUAACACAAAAUCUUCAGUUAGAGUAACAAAUACCACCCACAAAACGUAAACAAUUAAAAAGCCAAAAUGACAGAGGAAACAUUUAUGCUAGUUAUGCUUGUAAUAGUUAUGUUAGUGGGUUCAUAUUUGGCAGGCAGCAUACCAAUAGUAAUGAAGUUAAGUGAGAAAAAACUCAAACUAGUUACUGUCCUGGGAGCGGGUCUAUUAGUAGGCACUGCCUUAACUGUUAUUAUACCUGAAGGCAUAAGAUCUUUAUACACAGAAGUGGAAACACCAAUGUUAACAAAAACUACUGCCAAUACGGCAGAAACACCUAAUUUACACACGCACGACGAGGAAAAGGAUCAUUCCCGCACUAUUGGUUUGUCGUUAGUAUUGGGUUUUGUCUUUAUGAUGCUAGUGGAUCAAAUAUCACAAAAACGACAAAAAGAAUCAUCUCCGAGCGAUAAAAACAUAACAGCUACCUUGGGUCUUGUGGUGCAUGCGGCUGCUGAUGGUGUUGCUUUGGGUGCAGCUGCCACUACCAGUCACAAAGACGUCGAAAUGAUUGUGUUCCUAGCAAUUAUGCUGCAUAAAGCACCAGCCGCUUUUGGAUUGGUCAGUUUUUUGCUGCAUGAAAAAAUCGAACGUCAACAGAUUCGCAAACAUUUAGCAAUAUUCUCUUUAUCGGCUCCUCUCUUAACGCUACUUACCUACUUUGGCAUUGGACAAGAACAAAAGGAAACCUUAAAUUCUGUUAAUGCCACUGGCAUAGCUAUGCUCUUUUCGGCUGGUACCUUUUUGUAUGUAGCAACAGUUCAUGUUUUACCCGAAUUAACACAAGGUGGACAUUCUCAUGCCUCAUCGCAUUCUUCCCAAUAUCGUCUGCUUGAAGAGAACACUGACCUGCCAACACAAAUCGCCCCUUCGAACGGUCUGAGCUGCAGUGAACUUAUUAUAAUGAUAUUUGGCGCAUUAUUGCCGUUAGUGAUAACAUUUGGCCAUCAUCAUUAAUAAAAUAAAUUUAGUAUAAUAAUUUGUAAAUAUAUAUAUACUAUAUAGAAAUUAGGGUGUCUCCAAAAUAGAAUUGAAAGUUUUAAUACUUAAUUUGUUGUGUUUAUGUGUGAGCUUGUUUGAUUGAGCUUAUACACUAGGUCUUGGUGCUCUUGUUUUCACAGAUAUCAUUUCUUAAAGAUUAAAAUGAUUCAGAAAAAUUAUUUUGUUUCUUAAUUUUUCGAUUUCAAGCCGCCUUUUAGGUAUUUUCAUUAAAAACUUCAAUUGCUUAUAUUUUCCUUCGAAGAAAUACAAAAUGAAUCGUGAAAUCCUUAAAAAUAUUUUUUUAUCCCUUGAUAUUGACAUCAAGACAAACAAUUUCAGAAAUUGUAUUUUAUAAUGAAUUUAAGUUUAUUCUAUCAGCAACUUUUAUUUUGGGAUCGCCCUAAUAUACAUAUAUUAAGAUUUAUAAAGAAAUAUACAUAAUUAUAUGAUGCUAUAUGACAUACAAAAUUUAUCAUGAUCAAAAUUAAUGUUUUACAUGUAAUGUAUAAAAAAGAAUCGCUUAAUUUAUAGAACGUUAAAUAAAAAUCUUAUUUGUGAGGAAAAAUUAAA